CUCAUCGACAAAUAUGCCACGAACGCCCAAAGCAAGGCAAACUCGGCUCACGGCGCCAACAUCCUUUGUCAAUGAGAACAGUGACGACGACAGCUUUGGUUUUACUGAAGCCUCCCGUAGUCGAAGACAGGAGGACGACAACAUUGAAAAUUCAGAUGAUGACGCCAAGACGAUGGCCAAGUUUCUUCAGGAAUACAAAAAGCAACGAGCAAAGAAAAAUUCCGCUCGAUCCGUGGCUUUCGAUGGGCAAAAAAAGGCGCUGUAUGCGUCAGCCCGCAAGACUGCCGAGGAGAUAUCGAGAGACGGCAUCGCUUACCUGGAAGAGAUGAAAGCUCAGGUCAUGAACAUGAAACAACAAGAGAUAUCCUACGAGAAGUAUACCAACGGCCUUAGCCAGCUUGGGGAAGACAGCAAUGAAGCCCUUAUCAAGCUGCUAGCAAUAUACCCCUUGGUCAAGGAGGAUUUGUUUGUUCGUCGUCGUCAAGCGCUCGAAAUUGCUGGCAAAAUGCUGAAAUCCAACCCUUCAAAAAAAGAACAAGCUCUGCAACAAUUCUUAAGAAAUGCUCAUGGACAGGUGGAAAAAAGCCGGCAAAAUGAAAAACUCGCGACUGAUGCUUCAAAGCUUAUCAAACACUACAAGGAUCUCCUUCGUGGCUGAGGAUCCUUUCUACCUGCUGACGCUUCUGGCUCGACGGGCUGUGCUUACUUUUGCUCUGCUUCUUCUGGAUUGCAACACUGUAUUAUCUCUCUACCAUGCUCAAUAAUGUGUC